CGGACGGCCUGCACAGCACGAGCACUAGCAUCCAUCUGAUCUCUGAAGCAUGAACUGAUAGAAGCAACACGGGGCCCAAACGAGACAAGGGGUGGGAGAGUAACAAAGAAACAUGGCUAGUCUCGUUUCUCAAAAUAGCUUGGCGUUCGAAAGGAGAGGCUGCAAGACAUUCCGUCCCAUAUCAGAGACAUAAACUUAUACAUAGCUCCCGCAUUCCCUCUCCUUGGAAGCCCUUCCUUUACUAGACCAUAACCAACCUCACUCUUUUUUCUCUUUUUCUCACUCUGUCUCUCUCUUUGUACUUCCCUUGCCUUGGCUUCUUCCGUCUUCAGUGUCUGGUUACUCUGGGGCUGAGCUGUUCUUGGGAAUCUAGAGAAGACACAUCCACUCCUUGACUUCUUUCUUGGCCGCAUUCGUCGCCGUCACCGUUCAAUCCUUUCGGUAGCUGGCUGACCGUCUUUGUUUUAUCAUUCUCUGCCAUCCACUCUCUUUUUUUGUUUGUGCCUUGGUUUUGUUACUGUUUCCUAUUGACUAGGAGCAGUAAUUAUAUCGCUGGACUACCUACCUCCUUGGCAGUGUCAGAGCUAUUGUCACUCACUUCAAUAGCCUCCCCCCUCCAGCCCUCCCUCCACUUUUGGCUGGGGAUUCCCUCAUUCAGACAAUAGUUCACGGAUCUAUUGUUAUAAAUCGUUUGGUUAUUGCGCUCAACAUUCAAGGCAUCAGCCUCACUCUGAUACACCACCCGACACGAAUCAUCUCUGUGAACGACUUCAUCGCAUUCUCUCCUUCACUCAAAACUUCAGCUUCAAAUCAGAAUCAAUCUUGCGAAUAAUUAGAAACAACACACCUCUUCCCGUCUUUUCUCCAAAGACCUCAGAAGCAAUGCAUUCCUCCAUCCUCGCACUGGGCCUUACGGCCUUCUUCAAUGGUGCUUUUGCACAGAACAACUCCUACUCUCGGUACUCCCUCAAGACCACAUACGACUCUUCCAACUUUUUCGAGGCCUUUGAAUUCUUCAACGAGGAGGAUCCUACACACGGCUUUGUUGACUACGUCGAUGCCGACGCCGCUAACUCUGAGGGUUUGGCUGGCUAUGUCGAUGGUGCUGUCUACAUGGGUGUAGACUACCAGACAAAGAACCCCUCCAACGGCCGAAGGUCUGUCCGUGUCACCUCUCACGACGCUUUUACUCACGGUCUCUUCGUCGCCGAUAUUGCCCAUAUGCCUGGCAGCAUCCCUGGUGUCUGGCCCGCAUACUGGAUGUUCGGUCCCAACUGGCCAACCUCUGGCGAGAUUGAUAUCCUUGAGGGUGUCAACACUCAGACUGAGAACAAGAUCAGUCUCCACACUGGACCUGGCUGCAGCAUCACCAAUGACGGCACCACUCAGGGUACAACCCUCGAGUCCGAGAACUGCGAUUCUGCUGGUACCUCUGCCGGCUGUGGCCAGAACACAUCAGACAACCAGAACUACGGCGAUGGCUUCAAUGACAUCGGCGGCGGAGUCUACGCCACUGAGUGGACAUCCGACCACAUUGCCGUAUGGUUCUUUCACCGCGGUCGCAUCCCGCAAGAUAUCCAGUCCGGUAACCCCACCCCUUCAUCCUGGGGUCCUCCCGCUGCCAAAUUCAACGGCGGUAAAGGCUGCAACAUCGACGAUCACUUCAAGGAGAACAACAUCGUCUUUGAUACUACUUUCUGUGGUGAUUGGGCUGGCUCUCCUGAUGUCUGGGGCAAGAACCCAGAGACUUCGUCUUUGGGAGACUGCAAGGACUAUGUUGCCAACAACCCUGCCGACUUCAAGAACGCUUACUGGCUCGUAAACAGUAUCAAGGUUUACGUCCAGGGAGGCUCAUAUGGUGGUGGCAAUGGAACCACCGGUGGCGGCAACUCUGGCAGCGGUAACAGCGGUAGUGGAAACAGUGGUAACGGCAACUCUGGCAAUGGCAACUCAGGAAACGGAAAUUCUGGCAACGGUAACUCCGGUAACGGCAAUUCUGGUAAUGGCAACUCUGGUAACGGAAACUCGGGUAAUGGAAACUCGGGCAACGGAAACAGUGGCAAUGGCAACAGUGGUAACGGCCAGAGCGGAAACGGUGAUGGCCAGACCAACCCACCCAGCAGUACUCAGCCAGGACAAGGCACUCAGAACGGUCAGCAAGGUCAGAACGGUGAUGGAUACUCUCCUGACAGUCAACAAGGCCAAGACCAAGGCAACGGCUAUACCCCUGAGCAACAGCAAGGCCAAGGCGGUGGCUACAGCACUGGCCAAAGUUACGAUAAUGGCCAAUACCAUGGCCCCGGAGCCUACAAGACCACCAAGUCCCAAUCAAGCGGCACCACAAGCUGGGACGGAAACGGUUGGCGAGUCGGGUCCAAGCGAUCCGUCAUCUCGAAGCGAUAUCUUGCAUGAGCAGGUCGAGCUUCUCUUCUUUACAAACAUAUGAGAUACCCCCAGACACAAGAAGGAAAGAAAUAGGUCGGCGGUGGCGGCUGUUUUUACAUCACAUUUUCACAGAUACUGAACAUCUGUCAAAGCAUUUUCGAUUCUAGAUUUCUUAUAUCAGCCCUUACUCUUCUCAGUACAUAUAUAUAGUCAUCUCUUGGCUACAAGUGGUUGAUGACCAUGCGAGCAUAUGAAGUAUUUAGCAAUGCGAGUCUUACGAGCCUGCUUUGGGUGUUUUCUGUGAUGUGAUUGCUGAACGUGUAUAUUGCCAGAGGGCAGUUUUGAGAAGGGGAAUGCUGAUGAUGUUGAAAGACGUUGAGAAUGCCCCUGUUUCUUAGUCAUAUUGAUCGGCGUUAGUGGUGUUGGGGAUGGAUACGCCAAACCCGAUAUGGCCAGACUUUCACCUCUUCUUGUCAUUGGC